AUGUCCAGGUCUCCUUCGCCCUUUGACUUUUCGACGUCGCCUAUACCAUCUCGCGUGUCCUCUCCUGCUCCGAGUCCGAGUCCUUCUCUACGUUCUCCUUCGCUGCCUCCUUUGCCUCCGCUCCCGCCGACUUCAUCAGCCAAGCGGCACCCAGAGUAUUAUCUCGAUGAUGAAUUGGUAAUCUUUCGGGUCGAAGACAAGCUGUUCAGGGUCAAUCGUUAUUUCCUCAUCCGCGAGUCGGAAUUUUUCCGCACCAUGUUUGAGCUUCCCCCAGGUGCAGCAGAUGUGGAGGGUACCCACGACGCCGCUGCAAUUCCACUACUCCAAGUGACUUGUUCCGAAUUCGAGGCAUUAUUGCAUUUUGUGUAUAAAGGGAUGCAUGACGACAACCAACUCAAUCUGCCUCAAUGGAUAGACCUCCUCUCAUUCUCAACCCGCUUCAUCUGUGACAGAAUACGCGAGCGUGCCAUUCGUGAGAUCGACGGGCAUUAUCCUCGAGUUGAUCCUGUGGUAAAGAUCGUGCUCGCGACGAUGUAUAGUAUUCCCCAGUGGCUGGCACCAUCGUACGAGGCGAUCUGCCAACGGGCGAACCCACUUGAAGUGGAUGAAGCAAUCAAGUUGGGAACAGAAACUACUACUUUGCUCGCGAGGGCGCGCGAGGCCGUUCGUCAAGAGCCAAUCGAGUCGCGUCCUGCUUUGACCCCCCCUCCACCGGAGAGUGGAGGGGUUGCUUGGCCGGGACUCACUACGACGGAUAGCUAUGAGCCAUAUCGCUCACCUCGCGUAGCGGAAAUUGUCAGAGAAGUCUUCUGGCCUCCCUCACCUGAAGCACCUCUCGGUGCAUAG